UUGUAGCAGACUUCACAGACGCUUUCCACUUUUAUCCCCGUUAAACUAAUCCGCUAGAGAUUUUAUUCAACGGCAAGGGGAGCUCGAAAAGGAGGAAUAACCUUUCAACGCAGUUCAACUAGGAUUGUGUAUAAAAUCCUUUAGAAUAGUCGUGAAAUAGACUGUAAACGACUCAAAGACGCGGCGAAGAACUACAUGGGAACAAAUAUAAAAGAGCGAAGCGCAGAUUUCCAAGCUGAGGUAAACGGCGCUGGAAUAUAAACAUGGAUGACGGGCAGCAACGAUGGCUUUGAGGAAUUAAGGCCGAACCGCUUCUCGUUCUCUUUCCUUUGUCCACGCCGAAUGAUUUUAAAUCUGAGUUUAUGUUAUUGAUUUUGAGACGUGACUUGCCCUUGUCUGAUCACUUUGGGGAGGAAGUUGACAGGAUGGCUCCAGGCUCGCUAGCCACAAUGCCGCCUGCUGGGCCCAACAUCUCCUGGUUCCCGGAGGCUCCUCUGCUCACUCCAGAGCAGCCCAUAUUCCUCAUGACCAUGACAGCCCAGGCAGUGUCAGGCUUCUUUGUGUGGACGGCACUUCUAAUCACUUGCCACCAGAUCUACAUGCAUCUGCGAUACUACAGAUCUCCCAAGGAGCAGAGGCACAUAGUGCGCAUCCUCUUCAUCGUACCCAUAUACGCCUUUGACUCCUGGCUCAGCCUUCUCUUCUUUACCAACGACCAGUACUAUGUUUACUUCGACACUGUCAGGGAUUGCUAUGAGGCAUUUGUGAUCUAUAACUUCUUGAGCCUUUGUUAUGAAUACCUUGGAGGAGAGAGUGCUAUCAUGGCCGAGAUCAGAGGAAAACCCAUUGAGUCCAGCUGUAUUUAUGGAACAUGUUGUCUUUGGGGCCAGACCUACUCCAUUGGCUUCCUUAGAUUCUGCAAACAGGCCACUUUACAGUUCUGUGUGGUAAAACCCCUGAUGGCCAUGAUUACAGUCAUCCUACAGGCUUUUGGGAAGUAUCGUGAUGGAGACUUCAAUGUCGCUAGCGGUUAUCUGUAUGUGACUAUCAUCUACAACAUCUCCGUCAGCCUGUCCCUCUACGCACUCUUCCUGUUCUACUUUUCCACCCGAGACCUCCUCAGUCCCUACAGGCCCAUGCUCAAGUUCCUCAUGGUUAAAUCGGUCAUCUUCCUCUCCUUCUGGCAAGGCAUGCUGCUGGCCAUCCUGGAGAAGUGUGGUGCGAUUCCCAAGAUCAGUUCUCCUGAGGUGUCUGUUGGCGAGGGAACGGUUGCGGCUGGAUACCAGAACUUCAUUAUUUGCAUUGAGAUGUUCUUUGCAGCAUUGGCCUUGCGACAUGCGUUUACAUACAAAGUCUACAUGGACAAAAGACUGGAUUCCCUUGGCCCUGUUCCUACAUAUGGACAGUACGGUCGCUGUGCCCCCAUGAAGAGCAUCUCCAGCAGCUUGAAGGAGACCAUGAAUCCUGGAGACAUGGUUCAGGAUGCAAUCCACAAUUUCUCCCCAGCCUACCAACAGUACACCCAGCAAUCCACCCUGGAGCAGGGAGUCCCCGCGCCGCCCAUAUCCCGUAAUCACAACAGCUUGAGCGCCCGGGACAAUGAGAAAACCCUGCUGCUUAGCUCUGAUGAUGAGUUUUAACUCUCUUCCCAUCGUCCCGAACGAAGGUACUCCGUAAGGGACUGUUUACUGCUGUGGUAGUGGGAUGAUGAGGUUGAGAAAACGUAGGGACAGGUUAUUAAAGGACCAUCUUAAGCCAGUAGAGACAUUCUAGUGCAGUAGAAUAUGAAAUUAAGCUGCUUAUGCUUAGUCAUUAAAACAAUGUUGUUUAUACAAAGACUUGCAUAAAUCAUUCAUCUAUACGUUUGCAUUUUUGGCCAAAUUUUGAAAUCCUACAUGGUCUGACUUUUCAGCGUUUGAAUUGAUGUAUUUUUUUAAGCUUCUAGUUUUACAUCGUGGAUGUUUGCACAUCCCAGCAUAUUUAUAAAGGAGGGCCGUUCAGUAGGAAUGUUUCCGUUUGUGAUUCACAAGUUCAAGUGCACCUUUGCUUUCCGUUCGUCAGUGUUUAUAGCUCUCCCAGUGAUUACAGCUGACAAUAAGACAGCACAGUGACAGUAGAGGCAGUACCAGCUGUUUAAACACACCGUUGUUGUUUUGACGGAUGAUUUAAGGGACAGGGAGAGGUUGAUGGUCCACGAUAAAAUUAUAGAUUUAUGCAGUCUGGAUUAUAUGGCUGUAAUUGAAGCAUUACUCGUCUGGUGCAGAUUAGCACAAGCUUUUGUCAAAGUGUGACCAUGGCUGAAAAACAUCUUUCUAGGUUAGCUGAGAGCGGUUUAAAAAUAGAUUUAGGUUAUGCUUCUGAGAGUGUACGCUAGAUUUCCACAGAGAAGGGAGUUGAAAGCAGGGAUAGUUCACCCAAAAAAUGAAAAUUGGCAUCAUUUAGUUGCUGUCAAGUUGUUCAAAACCUGUAUGAGUUUCUUUCUUCUGUUGAACACAAAAGACGAUAUUUUGAAGAAUGUUGGACACUCAUGGACAGAAAUAUAAUUGUAUAUAAGUCAAUGGUUGGCAUCCAACAUUCUUCAAAAUAUCUUAUUUUGUGUUCGGCAGGAGAAAGAAACUCAUACAGGUUGAGGGUGAGUAAAUGAUGUCAAAAUGUACAUUUUUGGGUGAACUAUCCCUUUAAUAGGCAUUGUUCCGAGAUAUCCCACUAGAGGGAGGCAUUUCUCACAGUUCAUCCCCUUUAUCUUUAUGGGACACGCCUGUUAUUUCUGACCCUUUGAGAGCCACACCAAAGUCUCUCCCAUUCUUUAGAAGCUCCCGCCAUUGCGUUUCACCUCAGAUAGCAGUAGGCCUUUGAUAACCAAGCGUGAAGCUUGCAGUUGGUUAUGUAGCAUCAUUGGAGUUACUUAUUAACUGUCCUACGCUUUUAUUGGUGCGAUAGAGACCAGUAUAAACACAAUGCAGCUGGAACCAAGUACGAGUAUGUAUGGUACCUGCUUAUAGUUAUUAUGUUAGUGUUUUACAGUGUAUUCUUUGUAAGGGGAGGGCUUAUUUUAAUAAUAUAGACGUCACCGUAACUUGCACUAAGCAGUUUUGUAUAUUUAGACUAUUUUGGCAAGCUAUUUGUGUAUGUUUUUGUUCAGAGAGUGGUUUAAAGUAACAUAGGAAGCGCUAUUACAUUUAAAAAUAUAUAUAUUUUGUGGAAACAUAUUUUGAAGUUACACUAAGACAUUCUUUGUACUGUCCGAGCAUUAUGUAUUACUAUGUCAAAGAUUUUGCUUCUAUUUUUUUUCCCUUGAUGCUCUGACCUAGGAAACAAUAAAGAAUUUUGUCUGUAAAUAUCUGCGCGAUAGUUUUCACUCAAUGAACACAUGUCAUUCUAUGUACAAUAUAUACAACAUUUAUUUCAAUUAAAUGAUAUAAAAUAGACAAUGAAUUUACCAUAGAAAAAUACAGAUAAUAAAUACAAACGUCAAUUUUUUUUUUUUUUUGUGUGUGUGUGUGCUCUGCCCUCUUACAAAACAUUCGGCACAUUGUUCUGAAGCACAAGUGUCACGGGCAUGAUAUUACCGAGUUAGAUUCUCAGUAAUGACGAUGACAUUGCUAACUGCACUUAAUUAGAAAAUCACCAGAGAUAUCCACGUUUAACAUGGCCGAUCAUUACUGAUCAUACAGCAUUACCCCGUUUACUGGAAUAAACCAGGCAUGUAGUUAACAAAAGUCAUCUCAACAACCAUGGGUUAAUGUACAUGUGAUAUCAUUUUUGUCUUUCACUUUCCCUCUGUCACUUUCUUAUCCUCCUUUUUUUCCUCCCAUGUGAGCCACAAGUGCUCACUUCUCCUUCUGGCUGCCCUCUUCCGUAUUUUUCUCUAAUUUCACAUCUUCCACAGAUUCCCCUUCCACUCUCCUUUCCUUCUAAUGGUAUUUUUUUUAAUAUUCCAGCUUUCCAAAAUAUUCAGAUACGUUUUUAAUCAUAAAUAGCAAAUAAUAUAUAUGGUCUUGGUUUUAAAUACAAAAAUACCACUACAAACAAGUCGCUCUAAUAUUAGUACAAAUAUGACCCUCACACAUACUGAAUCAUAUUACAAGUAAUGGGGCUUUAUACCUUAACAUUACUAUACUAAUAACUCAUUACAA